UACCUUUUGUCAGCUCCCAGGGAGCAAAGAAGAAGUUGUGUGAGAAUGCACCCAAACUCUAGAUUACCCUUUUUCUGGUUGGUUGCUUUAUUUCUGGGCAGGGUUUUGUGUGUGUGAGCAUGCGUGCAGCUGAAACUGUGCUGAACAGCAUGCCUUCUGUAUUCCAGAAGUUGCAUGAUCUGCAUGCACGUGGAACCGAAGCCCUGCACUUAGAUGUUUUUCUUCUAGUUCUGAACUUGUUUUUGAGACACUCAUACAGUGCUUGUCUUGGAUAUGUACUUAAUCAAAGUAUGAAGAGAUACUAGGAGGAAUGACUAGGGCGCAGCAGCUUUACAUUAAAAAGAUUUUAUGAAGGAACUCCAAAUGGUUCAGGGGAAGGAGUGUGGAAGCUACAUCUGACCAUGUUAGCAGGGCCAUUGUGGUAGAUGUCCCUUUCUUGUGCUGCUGGAUCUGCUUCAACCAUUUGACAUAGGCUGAGAAAUUAUGAGUUUUAAAAGUGUUUUUUACAACAGGAGAUUUAUCUCAGGAGGCUCUUUUAAUUCUUGAAGUCAUUAGUGCGUGGUUUGUGUGGAGGAACUGAACGCCUGAGCUUAAUUUCUGAGCCAUGUGCCAACAAGAAGGUGUCAUAUCGGUAACUGCUAGAGUGUUGAGCAGGAACUUUUCAAUUGUUUUUUAAAAUAUCUGUGGAACACCCCAUAAAAUUUUGAGAAGAUAAUUAGGUUACAAGACCAGCACCAGAAAGCUAGUGACUGUCUGGAUUAAACUUCCCAGACUGGCCCGUUUGACUUCUUUGUUGGAAUUCUUGUUGUAAGUAGUUGGACUUUGUAGCUGUGAUUGAAUUAUAUACAGGGCCAGUCAAGCCAAAUGCAUAUGUAACUGUGUCAUUCCUUUUCACAGUCUCUAACCUGGGGUGCUGGAGCCUGGUUUGCAGCAGUGGUGAAUCUCCACUGCUGGUGUUAAUGGGAGCUGUGCUUUGGGCAUAUGAAAUACACUAUAUAUUGAACAGACAGGCCUUUUGGAAAAUCUCAUGAGGUAAUGAAAUCUGUGUCCAGAGCAGUUUCUUCAUCGUUCAAACCAUGAGUGGUAGAAUAAGUCCUAGGUCCAUACAUAGAGCAAUGGGAAAAAAGCAGAAUGUUGACUAGCAGCCGAUUAAGUGUGUGCUGUCCAUUCUUGCACUGAAUAAUGUGGGGAGCUUGUAGGAAUUGUGCCUCUGAAGACUGUGAAAUGUACAGGGUGUUGAUUAAACAUUGCACAGACAGCAUCAAUUUUGUCACUUCCUAGGUUUUGAAGUCUUCUCUCGCAGUCGGAAACAGCGUGUAUGCAGGCAGCAAAAAUAGCAGGUUAAGAUAGCAGGCGCAUGCCUGCUGAUACAAGUGAUUGAAGUGCCUGUUUCCUUGGAGAGAACUAAAGUGUGCACUGUAUAUGUAUUUGUAUGUAUUCUGUUUUGUUAGAUAGGAAAAGAUUUUAACAGACUGCUACAGAAGACCAUACAAAAGAUAAAUGUUGAUAACCGUAUCAGUAGAAACAGUGUUUAGUAGGUACAUCACUGUCAAGGAGAGAGAGCAGUGUUUAUACUUCAUGGCUAUUAAGAGUAUUAUUUUUAAUCUCCAUUCUUUCAUUUUUUCCUUUUAAUAUUACUUCACUAGCAGAAAAAAAACUGUACUACUGAGUUCUAGUAAUUAACUUUCUAGUAGGAAAAUGUCAUUUCUUUGGAAGAUUAGUGAGGUUUUUUAUGGUUCAGAAAAUACUGUUAAAGGAGUUAUACGGACUUUGCUGUAAAAUGGAUUUGGUUUUCCUUCCUAUUUGUGGUUGUGUCAGGUUGUACUCUUCAUACAGGCAACUUUACUAAAAGCAUCAAUUUAAUAGAUUGGACAAACUGAAAUAAAUCAUUAUGUGCCUAUAGUGGAAAUCCGUUGGCUUUACCCAUUAGUUCAAAUUUGGGAUGCAGAAGUCUUUGCCAGCUAUCCUUCUCUUUAUUUUUCUUCCUUUUUUCUUUUAAUCGAUUUAAUACGUAUAAUCCCUUGUAAUCGUUGUAUCUUGAGUGUCCUGAGUAGUUACAGAAUCGGACUCCUCUUUGCUUUCUCUCCUUUUGGUUAAUAUUCUUUGAACUUGAGCCACUUUACAGCAUCAAAGAGGUGAGAGUGUGGAAGGCACAACUCGCUCAACUUUGCUUAUUUUAUCUUAAGUCUUUGCAUCAGGUACGUAAAAGUCACCAUGGAGAGAAUUACGACAUGAAGCAGACUGUUUCCUCUGCCUGACGCUCUGCUUUGCUUUGAGUGCUGAGCUGUGACAGCACACAGACACACAGCAUAGCCAGUUGUAAUGUAAAAGUGAUAGCGUGACAGAAGCGAGCCUCCCUGUGAGCUGUACCUGGGUCCUGGUGGCUGUGAAACGGCUCUUGGUACUCCGCGUGACAGAUUGAGCGAGCCCAGGCUGCUGAUACCCUUGCUGUGAGGCAGAAGAGAAGGAUCUAUGAUAUCACCAAUGUUUUGGAGGGGAUUGAUCUCAUUGAGAAGAAGUCAAAAAACAGCAUUCAGUGGAAAGGAGUAGGUGCUGGGUGCAAUACGAAAGAAGUCAUAGACAGGCUGAGGUAUCUGGAAGCUGAAAUUGAAGAUCUAGAACUUAAAGAAAAAGAAUUGGAUCAGCAGAAACUGUGGCUUCAGCAAAGUAUCAAGAAUGUCAUGGAUGAUUCUACAAACCACCAGUUUUCAUAUGUCACCCAUGAAGAUAUCUGCAACUGCUUCAAUGGAGACACACUUCUAGCAAUUCAAGCACCUUGUGGUACACAGUUAGAAGUACCUAUACCCGAAAUGGGACAGAAUGGACAGAAGAAAUACCAGAUAAAUCUUAAAAGUAGUUCAGGACCUAUCCAUGUGCUGCUUAUAAAUAAAGAAUCAAGCUCCUCCAAGCCCAUGGUAUUUCCAGUUCCUCCGCCCGAUGACCUUGCACAGCCCCCAUGUCAGCCUGCAGCUCCAGCGACUCCCCUUAAACCUGCUACAGCUCCUCAAAAUCCACCAGAACAACAUGAUCUGAACCAAGGACAAGAGUUACCGCAAACAUCAGUUGCGGACACGCCAUCAGACGGCAGUGUGCAGCAGAACAGUACAACAACCCCAGCAGCUCCUUACUCCAGCCUUCCAGAGUCGGUGUUGUACCCCAGCCUUUCAGGAGAUGUCACCCAAGCUACAGCUAGCUCAAGUGACUACCAGGGUUUGCUGCCCCUGGAUGUUAACUGUAUUCUAAAGCCAAACUCAUUCGACAUAGCAAAGAUGGAAGAGCCCACAGGAAAUAUCAGUGGGGAUAUCAUUGAUGAACUCAUGUCUUCUGACGUUUUUCCUCUCUUACGACUCUCUCCUACUCCCGGAGAUGACUACAACUUUAACCUGGAUGAUAAUGAAGGAGUCUGUGAUCUCUUUGAUGUGCAGAUACUAAAUUAUUAGAUAUUGUGUCAACCAGACUACUUAUCUACCUCUAACUAUAACAUUCUAGACUUCUUCAUAACCUAAGUAUUUGAAUAAUGAAUGUAUAACUUCUUAGUUCACUGACUCUGGGAGUAUAUUUCCUUUUGCUUCCUUUAACUACUUCACAAAACAAAUUCAACAACUAGAAAAAAGGGCUUUUAUCAAAAAUUCUGGCAAGUUUUUUCACCUGAGUGCCCUCUGUGUAAUCCAGUUAUUUGGAAUUUUCUUUACUAAGAAAAGUGAAAAUGCUUUAUAGCCUUUUGAUCAUUUUUUUAAAAAUGAUUAGGCUUCUUGCUCACAGUUAACAGCAUUUUCUUUGAAGCUUUACUGCCAAGAAGCUUACUAUAUUUUUUUUUUAACCUUUCAAUCAAUUUUGAAGCUUUCACUGCCAAGCUGAAAAGUGAAGGAUAUCAACUUGAGUUAUGCUAAAUUGUUUCAGUGAACCAAUUUUGUGAAGUGCCUUCUGUUUUAGCACUUUAAGUUUCUCACACUGACUUCUGACAUUCCACUUUCCUAGAUGAUAGGAAAGGUCUGUUUGUAGUUUGUAUUAAAGUGUGCCAAUACUUGUAUAUUAACAAGAUUUUUUUUAAUAAAAUUGUACAAACAAA